CACCAUGCAUCGAACUAGCGACGCUAUCAUCUUGUCAAGGAAGACCAUAUUUUUGGCUCCCGGUUGAUCCGACAGCGCCAAUGGCCUUCUUUUUCAUCUGUCCCCGGUUCAGAAGAUACUGGAGAUCCUCGGACUCCCCGGACCCUGAUCACGCCUACCAGCUGAGGGCGGCCAACCCCCCUCCAGACGGGGACCCGGAAGGCCAUUCCUCGUCUAGGGACGAUGCCUUUCGCCCAGGACACCACCGUGGCUCCUCCGGCCUGUCCGACAAACUACGCAAGCGCUUCUCCCGAGAAGCCAAAGACCCGCGUGGAAGACCGAGGAGAACGCAGAAGAAGUCGGGGGCCUCAGGGUUUCUGUUCUCGUCGAGACCAGCCAAUGGCAAGGGUGUGGUAACUCCAGACGGCCUGGGAAGCAGCUUGAUGAGCGAACGUGGGUAUGACAGCGAUGCGCAAUUCAUCAGCACCCCACAGCCCGCCAGCUACGCCAGAGAGCAUCUGGGCAACUCACGCUUCGCUCAGGAGGCCACCUCCCCUCUGAGGCAACCCCUGUGGGAAAUGGAGCAGGAAAGCCCAUACGAGCAAGGAGAUGAUGCGCUGAUGGACUAUACCGUGAAGGGGGGAUCACCCACGGCCAUGCGUUCGCCAAAUCAGACAUCCUGGGCCACGCUGUCGUCCCAUAGCUCGUCUGUCUGUCAUGGUGCAGAGGAUGGUUGGCAUCGAGCCAGAGUUACAAGACCUCCCAGAGGCCCCGGGGGCAGUCCCGUUCAAAGUAGAGUAAGGAAUGGACCAAUGUAUCCACAGCAACAAGGAUAUCGUCCACUUCGAAGGCCAACUCCGGACUCCUGUACGCCAGGUCGCUUCUCUCAGAACAGCACGACUCACUGUCCGGUCCUUGUAAGCCCCGCGCACAGCCCGGAACAUGCGACUCACCUGUCUCCUGUGCCGUUCUCUUACACCACGUCCGCAGAAUCUAUGACUGGACCUGUAUCGCAGAUCUCAAUCAAGAAGAGACGGCGGCAGCAGCCCCCGGUGGGCCCAGCAUCAGACGGUUGCUCGGUUCACCUUGCGGAUAUGAAUAUCCCGACGGUGUUGGGGUCUCAUUCGCCGUCGCCUCAAGUUUUAUCUCCCAAACCAUCACUUGAUGAGAACCGAUGGGCUCCCAAUGCGGGAACAUGGGGUGCAUCUCAGAACUUCUAUGACUCCUCCGGCUCCCCGACAGGAAGAGCGCAUCUCAAUGCGACAGGACCAAGAUUCAGAGGGCCCCCUAUGAACCAGGCGUCCUCGUGCUAUUCCCAAAAGACCGGCUUUUCAUCCGCCAGCGGGCCCAACCACUCUGUAGACUCACGGUUCCAAAGUCAAUUUACAUCCCAGCCAUUUGCUAGGGAACCAAGCCCAUCUUUCAGCUACUCAUCCCAAGCGCAGGAACCACCUCUGGCGAAUUAUCAUCGUCCUGGUGUUGCAGACAGCCAUGGUUCUGGUAAACCUGAGAUGCAGAAGAGCAACUUUACAGAGCGGUUCGAAUCAGACCGGUCACUUGCCUCACAUGGUCAGCAAGGCGGCACAGGCAUGAGCCCUGCCUCCCCUCGAAACGUAAGCGUAGGAUGGAUGUCUGGCGGACGGCGUCUUGGUUACGGGUACACCAUGGUUCCUGCAAACGAUGGAGCGGAUCACCCAUCUCAGGGAAUUCAGGAUUCUCUCCAGACAGAUUCCUGUCAAGCGGCACCGGCUGAGAAGGGGCGCCCGGAGAUGCCAAUGAACGCUGACAAGGAAGCCAAGGGGCACAACAGAAAGGCGUCGGACAAAACAGGGGAACCGGGAUUGGACAUCUCAAGCAUCAUGAACCGCAUGCACCUUCGAAGUCUGUCUAGCGCUCUCAGUGAGGUCACCAGCGGUGACUUUCGAAAGGGCUCGCUACUCGAGAAGAUCUCAAAGCGGAAGAAGGACCAGAGUGAUACAAAUGCUGACACCAAAAACCCCUGGGACUUCUGCUCCUGGGUUGAUCCCAACAGGUCAUUGAGCGAACAACAAAGCCCACAAAAGAGCCCUUCAGUCUCCACCAAAAGCACACAAGGUCGCACUUUGAGCAGGUGGGAGACAUUGCGGCGUACCGGGAGCCUAUGGACUAAGGGUCACAGCGUGUCAGCGAUUGCGCGUGGAAUCGAAGCAAAGGCACACGCCAAAUCCGCAGCGCCAGGUGGAAGAUACCCCGUGGCACGGAGAAAAGAUAGGCAGGUCAUGAAAUUCAGGGUCCUAGAUCGUAACCAUAGGGCCCAUAGUGCUGAUGACGCUGUCCCCUUCGUUCCCGUUGAGCAUUCGGAUGAAAGCCCCAGCUCACCUAGGUCUCAGGAUGAAGAACAGGUUGACGAAGAACAGAUCACCCACGCAGACAAUCAUGCAACAGAGAAGGAUCAGCCCAAUCCCUCGGACAAUAGUGGCCAGGGCGUGAAUGCAGACGAGUGGGAAGACUGCCAGGAAAUGGCCUCCAUCACUAAUUAGGAAUUGGCCUGCCUGCAGUGUCGGUUAGCAGUGCACAGUACUUUUUAUAUGAAAACGAAAGGGUGAGGAAUUUGUUUUAGCGCAAUGGCUGGCAAAAUGUCAAGGCAGCAUUAUUCUUGGCCAGACAGAGAAAACCAAGCCUUCAUGUCCAUUAACACCACUGU